GAAGGAUGGGAGGCUGGCACCAGGCAGGCAGUGGUAGGAGCAGGAGGCAGCUGGAGAAGUGAAACAGGAGGAAGGUAGCGGCCCGGGUACUCAGGAGGUGGGGGGCAUGGGUUCAGGACUUGGAUCAGGGCAGGUGAGACCAAAGGGAGGAGUAGGCCUUGGGGCAGAGUGGGCAGGAGAUGAUGUUCCUGUGGCACCACCCCCGCACCCGGUGUCUGUGGGCAGAACACUAAAGGAGAUGGAUGAGGUAGGGAAACACACACAGGUGGCCUGGGGCGUCUCAUGGCUCAGCCGCCACCCCCGCCGUGGAGGGAUGUGGAGGGUGGUCUGGCGCAGAUAAAGGGGCCACUGGGCGAGAGGGACACACAGAGACGGCUACGGCAACAGCAUGAGCCAGGCAGACACCAGCUACACUGAGAUCCUAGCCCCUGACUCAGACCCGGGCCGGGUGGCGGUCGCCUUGGCCUACCAGCGUUUCGAGCCCCGCGCCUAUCUCCGCAACAACUACAUGCCACCCCGUGGGGACCUGAGCAGCCCCGAAGGCGUUGGGCCUUGGAAGCUGCGCUGCUUGGCACAGACGUUCGCCACAGGUGAAGUGUCUGGGCGCACCCUCAUCGACAUUGGGUCAGGCCCCACCGUCUACCAGUUGCUCAGCGCCUGUGCCCACUUUGAAGACAUCACCAUGACCGACUUCCUGGAGGUGAACCGCCAGGAGCUGGAGCUGUGGCUGCGGGAGGAGCCAGGGGCCUUCAGUUGGAGUGGGUAUAGCCAGCACGUCUGCCUCAUCGAGGGCAAGGGAGAGUCCUGGCAGGAGAAGGAGCGCCAGCUGCGGGCCAGGGUGAAGCGCAUUCUGCCCAUUGAUGUGCACCAGCCCCGGCCUCUGGGUGCUGGGAGUCCAGUGCCCCUGCCUGCUGACGCUCUGGUCUCUGCCUUCUGCUUGGAGGCCGUGAGCCCAGACCUUGCCAGCUUCCAGCGGGCCCUGGGCCAUAUCACCACCCUGCUGAGGCCUGGGGGACACCUGCUUCUCAUCGGGGCCCUGGAGGAGUCGUGGUACCUGGCUGGGGAGGCCAGGCUGGUGGUGGUGCCAGUGAGUGAGAAGGAGGUGAAGAAGGCCCUGGAGGAGAGUGGCUAUGAGGUCCGGGACUUCCGCACCUACACCAUGCCUGCCCACCUCCGUACCGGUGUCGAUGAUGUCAAUGGGGUCUUCUUCGUCUGGGCCCAGAAGAAGAUGGCAGAGGAUGUAUGAACAUCCCGUGUGCUCCGUGGCUUUCAUCCAUCCAGACCUGCUGUUAGCUGAAGUGUAACCAAUAAAG